ACAUUUCAACAACCUGGAUGACUUCUUUUAAACAUUAUUCAAUUCAAUGUCUAAACUCUUUUAUAAAUAUAGCCCCUAAAGUUGUUUUGUAUGUGAAGAAGACAGAGCUCUCAAGAUUGAGGAACAUGGCCAACAAUAAUUCUCUUCCAUCACCAGUAGCCAAAAGGCUUGAAGGUAAAGUAGCACUUAUAACAGGUGGAGCUAGUGGCAUAGGAGCAGCCACAGCUAGGCUCUUUGUUCAAAAUGGUGCAAAAGUUACUAUUGCAGACAUUCAGGACAACCUCGGAACUUCCUUAGUACAAGAAAUUGGAACAGAACACACAAUAUUUGUCCAUUGCAAUGUCGCGAUUGAAUCAGACGUUCAAAAUGCUGUUGAUGCAACAGUUGCCAAAUUUGGUAAGCUCGACAUAAUGUUCAGUAACGCUGGUAUAGGGGAUAAGCCAAAUUCCACUAUCUUAGAAGUAGAUUAUGACAUUAUUAAGAACGUGUUCGAUGUAAACGUUGCUGGCUCGUUCUUUUGCGCGAAACAUGCUGCUAGAGUGAUGAUUCCAGCCAAGAGAGGUUCAAUUAUCUUUACAGCAAGUGUUGCCACAGUGGUCUAUGGUAUUGCUCCUCACGCAUAUGCGGCAUCUAAAAGUGCAGUUUUAGGGCUUUCCAAGAACAUCGGAGUCGAAUUAGGAAAACAUGGAAUAAAAGUUAACUGUGUUUCUCCUCAUUGCAUUAGCACACCACGUGUGUUGAACGCGCUUGGAAUAGCUGAGAGACAAAUGGCGGAAAAAUGGUUCGCGGAGGGAGGAAAUUUAAAAGGAGUUUUACUAGAUGAAGAGGAGGUGGCAAAAGCAGUGUUGUACUUAGCAAAUGAUGAUUCCAAAUACGUGAGUGGUGUUAAUCUAGUUCUUGAUGGUGGUUAUAGUACCACAAAUGUGGCUUUAUCAGAGCCCUACAAAAAACUAUUUCCGUCAGCUGCUACCCAUCAGAGUCCCAACGAAGCAGUGUAAAUUUUUACUUAAAAAGUAUGUGGGGAUGAAUAAAUAUCAGUACGAUUUCCUUCAGCAUCUACCUGCUAUAUAGAACGUGUGUGUGACGAAAUGUCUCUACUUUUCAGAAUUAUAUUUUGGUAAAAUGCAUUGGGAAGUUAGAUUUUGGCUGAGGGCUUCACCACACUUGUUCUGGUCCAUUAAUUGCAGAUCAAGAAGGAGGCCACCCUUUUAUUCACACAUUUAAUUAGUCUUGUGGAGACUUGUCCUUAUCAAAAUAAAAAAUAAAAAAAGUCUUGUGGAAACUUGUGUAUUGAUAUUAUCUACAUUCUUAUUUAAUUCCUACAUUGGAUUGUUCAAACAAGAAGUUUAAU